AUGGAAAAAAACAAUAAAAGCAAUGAGGCGAUUGUCACGAAGGAUGCUGUUGGUCUUCUUCAUGUACAAGCCAAGAACACAGAAACCAAAGAGAUCAACAUAUGCUUCUCUUCAGAUCAUGCUGUGGUUGAGAGUCAAAGUGACAAGAAUACAAACUGUUCCUGGUCUAUAAAGGUUUCCAAGCAGGCUUUUGAUAAAUCACGUCUUGAAAACAAUGGAAGUGCGUUUGUUGGAGUUCUACGCUUCAAAAACAUGAGAAAUGAGGAUGAAACUAAAAAUCAGACUGUUUUGAACAAUGAGGUUUAUGGAAUAACGAUGAGGGCCAAUAUCUCCAACCUUACGGACAAUAUUGAGAUGUUCUUUACAAAUAAUGAUAAGGUAAUGACGGCGUCCUGCAGUUCUUGGGAUGGCAAAGGAGAACUUAACUGGACGACGUCCGGCUGUGUGACAGAAACAAACAAACAAUCAAACACCAUAAAGUGCUCCUGCUCGCAUCUGACGUUCUUUGCAGUGCUGAUGUCUCCGCCAGAUGCAAGAAACACAGUGCCGGAUCUGGAACCAUUGACUUUUAUCACUUCUGUCGGCUGCGGCAUCUCCAUGUUUUUUAUGGCCGUCGCUUUAUUCAUGCAUUUCCUGCUACGGAAAGCCAAAUCAAAUCAGGCCACGAAGAUCUUGAUGAACAUGUUUGUGGCUUUGUGUCUACUGAAUGCCUCGUUUUUGUCAAACGAGAGCGUCGCUAACACAGAAGACAACGCUGCGUGCGUCUUCAUAGCGCUGCUCCUGCAUUACUCCAUGCUGGCCUCAUUCACCUGGUUCUUCAUUCAAGCUCUUCAUAUGUACUUAUGGCUCAUCAGACAGAACGUCACCAUCACAAACUACAUGAGGAAGAUCACCGUGUUAGGCUGGGCGUUUCCCGCUCCAAUAGUCAUAGCUAUUGCUUCUGCAGGAGAAUAUAAAACACUGAUCCUAAAAACAACAUCUGGAAAAAUUUCACGAAUGUGCUGGAUUACAAAUCCCAUCGUUCACUACGCAGUGAACAUCGGCUACUACGCUUUAGUUUUCAUCUUCACGACAGGAAUCUUCAUCAUGAUUGUCACUAAAGUCGUUCAGGCCAGACGCAUGAGAGCAACUGACGGCAAGAGAAAGACGUUCAGAAAGCAGCUGAUGAUGGUGUUGAGUUUGUUCCUGCUCUUCGGUCUGACGUGGUCUGUGGCGUUCUUCAGUUAUGGACCGAUGCUCAUUCCCUCAUAUUACAUAUUCACUGUGCUGAACUCAUUACAGGGGUUUUUCCUCUUCCUGUAUUACUACCACAUUCACAAUAACGUUGCGGGUUGUUUCUCUGAUGAUCCAGAAAGCACCGACUCCAGCACAACCAUCACUCAAUCCAGCACUAAUGCUGUGGAAAAUAUUUAUAACUAGCAUAAUUAAGACAGAAGGCUUUCUUUAUUUAUCUUAAACUAAA